CCUGGAGACUCUAAUAUGGCGGCGUCCGUGUCCCCGCCGCCUGCGCCAGUUAAGGGGAUGGUGAAAUUGAGGUGGUCCUUGACUUAUGACCACAACUGUUGCUAAGUGAGACAUUUAUUAACCAUAAAAGGUAUAGAGCACUUUUGAAGAAAGAGAAGCGGAAGAAAAGGAGACAAUCUCUAGCAAGACUGAGAGAUUCAGAAAAUACAAUUAAUGAUGAACCAAUUUAUGAAAAAGAACUGAAUGAAGAAGAGCAAGAACUUGAAGAUGAAAGGUAUAUAACUUGAAAGACAAGUGUAUACAGUGCAUUCAGAAAGUAUUCAGAUCCCGAGGAAGGGGCAUGGCCAGCAUUGCUGCGGGACGGUGAUUCUCGGGGCGCCUCGAGGAUCCUGAGGAUUGCCGAUAUUCCUGCUGUUUUGGGGAUCCCUUUUUGGGAUCAUAGCUGUCCUGUAGAGACAGCGAAGAAAGAAGGCACAGAUUGGCACAAACAGGGAAGUGGCAAAUUCCCUGGUGCGCCGACACCAGCCUCCGACCCGGCGGCAUGAAAAGGCAGCCAUUGAGCUGUCACUAGCAGGGGCGACCACACUAAAAGAUUGGCGCAGGAGAGGUGGCCGAAUGGAGGAUUCUUACCGGAAAAGUGAUUUGCCAUCAUAUAGGCAAAGGCUUCAUGAAGAAUGGUUGCUAAGAGAAGAAAAGGCUCAGGAAGCUUUCAAGAUCAGGAAGGAAAGAGAAGAGGCAGCCAGAAAACGUCAGGAGGAAGAAGAGCAAAAAAUAAAGGAAGAAUGGAAAAAACAACAACAGAAAGAACAAGAGGAGGAAGACCGAAAACAACAAAUGAAGAGAGAAAGAGAGGAUGCCGUGCAGAAGAUGUUGGAUCAGGCUGAAAGUCAGCCGGAAAAUGGAACUACUUGGCACAAUCCUGAGCCCCCAGAGAACAUAGGCACCGAGAAAGAUCGUGCUAAUUGCCCUUUCUAUAUUAAAACUGGAGCAUGCCGAUUUGGAGACAGGUGUUCUCGGAAACAUCAUUAUCCAAGUUCUAGUCAGACCCUUCUUAUCAGGGGAAUGUUUGUUACUUUUGGGAUGGAACAGUGUAAGAGAGAUGACUAUGACACAGAUGCAAGUCUAGAAUACAGUGAAGAGGAAAUUUAUCAGCAGUUCGUAGAUUUCUAUGAAGAUGUACUUCCUGAAUUCAAAAAUGUGGGGAAGGUUAUACAGUUCAAGGUGAGCUGUAACUUUGAACCUCAUCUUCGAGGAAAUGUGUAUGUUCAAUACCAGUCAGAACAAGAAUGUCAGGAAGCUCUCAGUUUAUUCAAUGGUCGAUGGUAUGCAGGGCGGCAGCUGCAGUGUGAGUUUUGUCCAGUAACAAGGUGGAAAACAGCUAUUUGCGGUUUGUUUGAAAGGCAAAAGUGUCCAAGAGGGAAGCACUGUAACUUUCUUCACGUAUUCAAAAAUCCAAAUAAUGAAUUCUGGGAAGCCAACAGAGAUAUUCACAUUUCCAUUGACUGGGCUAAAGAGGCAAGUAAAAACUCUGAAAGGAGAAAUAGAUUGGGGUACUAUGAAGAACAUUAUAGCAGAUCAAGAAGAAGGAACAGUCAAAGUCCCGAUCAUUCAUACAAUAAAAGAAAUGGAGAAUCUGAAAGAAAAAAAUCUCAUCAUAAACAUAAGAAAAGUCAUGUUUCUGAGAAAUUGGGCAGUCGUGGAAGGCAACGGUCACACAGUAAAAAGAAAAGACGGAAUCGCGACAGGAGCCUGACAUGUAGUCGUAGUAGAAGUCCAUCUCCUACAAGAAAUAGAGGCAGAAAAACAUCUAGUAGCAAAGGAAGGAAUAGCUGAACUUGCUGGAGAAUUAUUUUUAGGACUUGGAUGUGUUUUGAAAAAUAUUACCUAUAGUUCUAUUAGAUCAGUUGUACAUUGUUGUGCUCUAAAAUAAAACUGUUAUGCGCUACCUUGUCUUAAAAGUUUUGCAAUAAAUUAUAAGAAAAAAAAUGA